UGUUCACUUUCUAUAAAGGUUUUAAAAGCAUUUCAGCUGAAAUUAAAAAAUGGUUCAAUUUAAACAUGGAAUUUGCGAUUGUUUUAGCGACUGCUCGUUAUGUCUCAUAACGUACUUUUUACCUUGUAUAACUGCGGGUAAAAACGCCGAACAUGUUGACAAAAGCUGUUGUUUGUACGGAUUUUUAGGAGUAACUUGUGUUGGUGCAAUAACUCGAGCAAUAGUUCGUUCAGACAUUCGCCAAAAACACCAAAUUGAGGGAUCUUGUUGUGAAGAUUUUAUAUGUCAUUUGUUUUGCCCAAUUUGUGCUCUAGUACAGGAAUCGAAGGAAAUUCAAUCUAAUGGUGGACCAGGUCCAUUAUCAAUGGCUAGAGAAUGAUUAUCCCUGUCCAAUAUAUAUGUUUGAAAAAAAUGUUUUAUUAGUAAUGGUAAUCUAAAAUUGCUGCUAAAUAUUGCUAUUGUAUUAUUGUUUUACGUAUUCAAAAUAAAUUUUCAAAGUACAAUCUUUUGAAAAAUAUA